GUGUGUCACAACAAGUUUAAGUUCUGUACCAAAACUUGCAAUUGCUUCGUAGCUAUUGCUAAGUAAAUCAUAAGUCACAACAUAUAGACUCAAAUGGGGAUAGCAGAAGCAUGCUCCAGAUUCCUUGGGGACUUUUUACAAGCAUUGAAAUGCUCCCCACAAAGCUCAGUGUCUCACCUUGAUCACAAGCCCCAGAAUGUGCUCAAACUUAAUGACAAGAUGGUUGGUGCCCUUGUCAGUGUUUUUGGCAUGGAAACCAACGGAAGAAUCAAGAAGGAAAAUGCUAGGCAAGUGGUGGAGAAGCUAGGUUUGAUGUAUGAUAAGUCCUCAUCAUCAUCAGGGUUUGAGCUAACUAAGGGUGGCUUGCUGGAUGAUGAAGUGCCUGUGGAAGAGGUGCUUGGUGAGUUGGAGGACAUGUCAAAGCGGAGUGAGCUUUUGCAUGAAGCCUUCAAGAUCUUUGAUGAGGAUGGGGAUGGAUACAUAGAUGCAAUGGAGUUGAAGAGGGUGCUUGAUUGCUUGGGGUUGGACAAGGGUUGGGAUAUGAGUGCUAUUGAGAAGAUGGUGAAGGUUGCUGAUUUGAACUUUGAUGGCAAGGUUGAUUUUGGUGAGUUUGAAUUGAUGAUGGGGUAGCAUGCACUUAGCAUCAGUUAACCAAAAAAUUUCAUUGAUUUUAGGAAUAACUAUUGAGCUGAUAAUUGUACAUUAAUUGAUGAUACCAGCAUUCUAUGACAAAAAUAUGAAGAUUGUUAUUGUUUUGCAUUACCUGUUCCCCUUCAUUCUUGGUUGCUAUCAAUUUUGUAGGCAAAUCACAUUUAGUCUGUUCA